UCUAUGGGUCUGGGUCUCUAUGAAUCUCUGUGGUUGUAUGUAUGUUGAAGUUCUUUCGCACCGUACGUAGGCAACCAUGCUAAUAGGAGGAUUAGUGUUAUACAAGAGAAAAAAACACAUUUAAAUUGUAUUACAUUUUGUUUCCUUACAGCAAAGGGUGCGAUAAACACUUACUUUACGAUCAUAUUUAAAUCUGAUUAUUUGCUUACGAUAGCAGAACAUAUAUUUUGGUGUUUUUGUCAUUUAAUCUAGAAUCCAUUUUUCGUGUUCAUUUUCAAAGUCUUUUCUGCCACUAAAUGCAUUUAGCAAUGGAACCAGAAAUUACUCCCUUGUCCCAAAAUAAGAGGAAGGUGCUGCACGGCACUUGAAGUUAAGUAGAAAUUUUAUUUUAAAUUGAGGCACAUUCAAGUCUCAUUACAUUCAACUUCGACGGUGGGUUCCUUGUUGGAACAUAAAUUCGGAAAAAAUUUAGAAUAACUUCAUUGAAAAGGUUACAAAUGUUUCCACUCAAGAUAAAUAUGAGCAAAAUAAAAAAUCAUAUACGGCAAGUUUAGGUUGAUAAGAUUAACCAGGUAAGAAUUCAAGACAACCGGGAUGAGUGUUUUGCAGCAGUGACCUGGGUCACAAAAAAGAAAAAGAAAAAACAGAUAAAGUCCAGCAAUGAAGCAAAACUUUUGAAUCUCAUGGGAAAUCGGAAAACAUUUCGCAAACAUAAAUCAUCGUUAGAUAAUAAAAUUAUCCCUCUUAUCGUGAAUCGGCUCAGGCGGAUUAUUGUUAAAGAGCGGAGAUAUUUGUUGGAGGGGCACAACUAGAAUGCAGGGCGGUUAUCGAAGGCGUACCGAGAUGAAAAUGGUUUUACAGAGGUAGAUGAGAGAGGGGGCCACUUUUGUAAAUGCGAACUUGGAUCAUGGUGGAGCAAUAUGUCAGUUUCUCAAACGAAGAACAUUUUUAAUCAAUAUUAAUUUCCUGCACCCCCAUUUUUGCAGCUUUGAUUAUUAAGUUUGCCUUUAGUUUUUUUAGUUGUUCAUUUACAGGUGUUGUUAUGAAUGAUUUUUGUCGGAAAAUAUGAGUUGGUUAAGUACUCUCCUUCCUCUGGAGUGAAAAUGGGAAGUCAAAAGUGGUUUUCCUGUGGAUAGACUGGCUGUUGCUACUGUAAUGUUGAAAGUCCACUCCAAGUUCAGAGGUUAUCAGUGGAAAUUAACAUUGUCCCAAUACGCAUUUGAGCAGCGAGAUAAUUCUGCUAAGAUCUUAACUAACUUGAGAUAACUCGAGGCAUUUUCAUCUAACAACUUUGUUAAGUCAGUCCACUCCAGGUGAGAUAUUACACAGCACUUGUAGCGGCGAGCCGACAGGCUUUGUGUGGCAAUGCACUGUGGAUGUUUAGUACAGCAUGCACAGCUUAUGCUAAACUGUAGAGGCUCUUAAGGGCUCAGGGGGAUUUUUUUUUUUAUUAUGGGGAAUAUUUUAUUAUGGGGAAUUUCUUAUUCCCCAUGAGCGAAGACCCUGGGGCCGGCCCAGGACACGCUGGCGGGACAAUGUCGCUCAGCUGGCCUGGGAACGCCUGGGAAUUCCCCAGGAAGAGCUAGUCUUUGGCCAGGGAAAGGGACGUCUGGACCACCCGACUCAACAUGCUACCGCAGUGACCCUCACCAGGACAAGCGGACUGAGUAACGAACGAACGAAACAAAUGCAGAAUAAUGAUAUUUCACCAUAAGCAUUAGCACCCCAUUUUUAAGCAGGUGCACUUCAUUGUGAUGUGGCCGUGUCUUUUGUUGAAGCCAGUUAAUGCACUCGUUUGUGAGUUUCGCUUUCCGUUAAAACCAUCCCCCUGGGCCUCGUGGUUAUGCGAUUUAUUUUUUCAUCGCCCCGUUGCAUUACGCCCGGUCACGGUACAGUGUGAGCCUUAAGAACCCUGGACAGCAUCGGCAAAGCCUUUUUCUCUCCCGGGCAUAUAGGCAAUCAGCAGGCGGUCCCCCGUCAUAUAAUCUGAUUCUCGCUGGCUUUAUUGAUUUGUAGUAAUUCUUCCACUGGUUGGAUUAUCGGUCCGGGCGGAGCAGCUUCCAGGGUACAUCCUGGCUUUUUCUAAGCGCCGUCUCUUUGCAUGCAUGCGCUUGCAGCGCACAUGCAAGCAAGCCCCCCCCCCAUCUCCCUCAAACGACAGGAAUUCCCACACUCGCCGCUGCUUCUGCCGCCGCUGCUGUGGCAUACAUCCCUCGUGGUGUAAUUGCGUUGAAGUAAUUGGCCCAUGUGCCUCUGCGUGUGGCCAUGCCUCGCCUCCGAGCACCGCAAGCAGUUCCAGCUUGUUGUCUGUCUGUCCGACUAACGUGUAACGCCUGUGGUGUCUUCGCGGUCCAAAGGGGGGGGAGGGGGGGGGGGGGGGUAGUGAUAAUGCGGGCAAAUUUAACAGUCGUUUAUUGAUCGCUGACAGGUUGGGCUGUUAUUGCAAACCUUUUAGAAACCUAUUAGAAACGUGUUUACACAAUUCGUACGGCGUUCUUCAAAAGUGUUUCUUUUCGUUGUGCCCCGAAGAGUCACUCUCACGCGCAAUGUUCGUCAAACUUCCGGGAAUGACGGUGGUGCGAUCGCUCAAGGGGAUUUAGCGGACGGUCAGCAUCGGCCGGCGCGCGGACGAGUAAGCGCAUCUGGCGCCGCGCUCUGCUAGUGCCGCGCGUGUGGGCCGCUCGGGAGGAUGCAUGGGCUCGAGCCCAGGAAAGGAUGCGGGUUGGCGAGACCCCGACCGGCACAAACGCCUGUUGUGCUGCUCUGCGUGGCGCGUCGUGCCAGCAGUGGAGGAGUCUGACAUUAUUGACCUGGAGAAGCGCUACUGGUUGCUCAAAGCUCAGUCGAGGACCGGACACUUCGAUCUGGAGACAUUUGCCCCGCUGGUGUCUCCCCCUCUACCGCCAUCACUUACCGAAGGCAUUUUCAACGCUUUUGACGAGAAUCGAGACAACCACAUUGACUUCAAGGAGAUCUCGUGCGGCCUGUCCGCCUGCUGCCGCGGGCCCUUGGCAGAGCGCCAGAAAUUUUGUUUCAAGGUGUUUGACCGUGACCGGGAUGGGCUGCUGUCGUGGCUGGAGCUUCACGACAUGGUGGAGGCGCUGCUCAUUGUGUGGUGUGGCAACCGUACCGAGCUGUGUCCCGAAAUGAACAUGGAAACGGCAGCUGUGGUCAAUGCAAUCUUGCAGAUGCACGACACCAACCAGGAGAAGAGCUUGAGUCUUGAGGAUUAUCAGAUAUGGAGCGUCACCAGCACACUGGCCCACGAGUUUCUGACGCUUCUCUUCCAGGUUUGUCACAUAGUGCUGGGUCUAAGGCCAGCGAGCCCUGGGGAAGAAGGGCAGAUCAUAAGGGGAUGGCUGGAAAGGGAACAUCGGCAGGGUUUCAGGCCAGGACAGCUCUGGUAUCUCAUCUCCAUGCAGUGGUGGCAGCAGUGGAAGGACUACGUCAGAUACGACACGAAGCCGGUGGUCAGCGAGCCGCUGUCGGUGUCGUGCUCGCGAGGGCGCUCCGCAGCACGCGCCUGGGAGAACGGAGAUGCGCCGCCGCCGCACAGCACGCCCUCCGGCUCAUCGCUCGACAGCGUCUCCCUCGCCUCCGAGGCCUCCGAGAGCAUGGGUUUUCCCCAGCCGCUGACGCCGGCCACCGAGAGCUGCUUCCUGACGCACAGCCAGAGCCUGAGUCCCGACGGUGCCACCACGCGCUGCUUUGGGAACAGCGUACCGUCCUCCGCCAGCCAGCCCAUCGUUCCGCAGCAAGCCUGCCUGUCCGUUGGACCCCAGAAGCCCGGGGUUAUCGACAAUGUGCCACUCAUCAACAGCGACGCCGUCAAGGUGCCCACGCUGACGGCAGAGGGCGGCAGGUUGAAGUGCAGCCCUCCACUCAUGUGGGGCCAGGAUUAUGAGAUUGUGCCAGACCCAGUGUGGCGUUCCCUCUCUCACUGGUAUGGCUACAACAUCGUGCUGCCAAGAACGGUGAUCCCCCAGGUGAACGGACGUCCCCUGGAGCUGGAGCUCUACCCCGUGUGCAUUUACCUGCUGAGGCACCAGCAGCCCCCCACGUCCGCGCGGCCCAUCCACAACAGCAUGUUCGGUGGCGUAGCUUCGGCGCCGGCGCCUCCGAAGCGCUACCUGGCCUACACGGCGUGCUUCAGCACCAUGCUGAGCGUGCGUCAAAUCCACGAGUUCCUGGCGCAGAGGCUGCGCCUUCGGCAGGAGGACCUGCGCCUCUGGCUGCUCAAAGACGAGAACAACCUGACUCUUCUGGACGAUGAUGAGCAAACAAUAAAGAGUCUGAGGAUUGAAGAUAACCAACAGAUCCUGAUCGAAGUGCGGAACAAAGACAUGAGCUGGCCCGAAGAGAUGUCCUCGUUGGCGAACCGCAAAAACCUGGAGCGGAGCAAGCUAGUUCCCACAGAAAAAGGAGCGACCGGGCUGAGCAAUCUGGGCAACACUUGCUUCAUGAACUCGAGCAUCCAGUGUGUGAGCAACACGCGGCAGCUCACGCAGUACUUCCUCUCUGGGAUGCACCUCUACGAGCUCAACCGCACGAACCCGCUGGGCAUGAAGGGCCACAUGGCCAAGUGCUAUGGGGACCUCAUCAACGAGCUGUGGAGUGGCACCCAGAAGAACGUGGCACCGCUCAAGCUGCGAUGGACCAUCGGGAAGUACGCCCCUCGCUUCAACGGCUUCCAGCAGCAGGACUCCCAGGAACUGCUCGCCUUCCUGCUGGACGGCCUGCACGAAGACCUGAACCGCGUGCACGACAAACCAUACGUGGAGCUCAAGGACAGCGACGGGCGCCCCGACCACGAGGUCGCCACAGAGGCCUGGGAGAACCACCUUCUGAGGAACAAGUCCAUCGUUGUGGACCUCUUUCACGGGCAGCUCAAGUCCCAGGUUCGCUGCAAGAUGUGCGACCACGUGAGCGUGCGGUUCGACCCCUUCAACUUCCUGUCGCUGCCAUUGCCCAUGGACAGCUCCAUGCACGUGGAGAUCACGGUGAUCCGCCUGGACGGCUCUGUGCCGGUGAGGUACGGGCUGCGCCUGGGCGUCGAGGACAAGUACAGCGGCCUGAAGCAGCAGCUGAGCGAGCUGUGCAGCCUGCAGCCCCAGCAGAUCCUGCUGGCGGAGGUCUUCUCCUCCAACAUCAGGAACUUUCCGGACGACAAUCAGAAGGUGAGGUCCGGUGCCACCAGCUAUCUGUGCGCGUUCGAGAUACCGGUGCUCUCCGGGGACCCUGCUUCCACGUCGCCCACCGACGCGCACUUCACACCCAUCGGAGAGGAGCGAGCCGCGAGCGAUGCGCUGGCACCCGCGGACGUGGGCUGCCUGCGCAAGGCAAAGAGCGACAGCUGCAUGCCCAGCAGCAGCAGCAGCGGCUGCUCCCCUGCCGGAGGUGCGGGCGGACUGGCCAAGAGCGCCUCCAACGGGCUCACCAACGGGCACCUGGCGCAGUCCUGCCGUCCGGAGCAGCUCGGCGGCGUGCAGCCCUCCGGAUACGCCAUCGCCGUGCACCGCAAGAUGAUGCGUAUGGAGGUCUACUUCCUGUCAUCGCACAAGAACCGACCGAGCCUGUUUGGGAUGCCACUCAUUGUGCCGUGUGCGGCCGGCACACAGCACUGCCACCUGUACGACCUGGUGUGGGGCCAGGUGGCUCGGCUCGUCAGCCCACUGCCACCCCAGGAGGCCAGCAACCAUGCACAGGACUGUGACGACAGCCUGGGCUACCAGUACCCCUUCACGCUGUCCGCUGUGCAAAAGGACGGGGUCACGUGCGCCUGGUGCCCUUGGUAUAGGUUUUGCCGUGGAUGCAAGAUCGAGUGCAACACCGUGGUUUUUGUUGGAAGCAGCGGAGUGUACAUUGCCAUCGACUGGGACCCCACAGCCCUGCAUCUGCGCUAUCAGACGGCACAGGAACGGGUGUGUCUUGAGCACGAGAGCGUGGGCGAGUCUCGCCGUGCGCAGACGGAGCCCAUCAGCUUGAACAGCUGCCUGCAGGCGUUCACCAAGGAGGAGGAGCUGGGCGAGGAUGAGCUCUACUACUGCUCCAAGUGCAGGGCGCACCGCCUGGCCAGCAAGAAGCUGGAUAUCUGGAGGCUCCCGCCCAGCCUCAUCAUCCACCUGAAGCGGUUCCAGUUUGUGAACGGUCGCUGGAUCAAGUCGCACAAGAUCGUGAAGUUCCCCCGCCGUGGGCUCGACCCCAGCGCCUUCCUGGCCCCGCGCCGCGACCCCGAAGACGCUCACGCCGUCUCGCCCGCCACCGCCACCGCCGAGGCGGCCGCCACCACGGCCAUGUUCGCCACGGCCGCGGCGGCCAUCGCGGCCCUCAAGGAGGUGCAGCACGACAUAGGCGGGGGGGCGGCGGCCGCGCCAGGCGCGAAUCUCUACGGCGGCCUCGAUGCCGUCCACUCGUCGUCCUCGUCUGACUCGGGGUUUGCCGUCGGCGCGAAAGCUUCAGGUGGAGGCUCCAACAGCCCAAGCCCGAGCAGCGGAGGCAGCAGGACCGGCAGCCCCGCCGGCAGCCCGCGCUUCGGCACCAAGGCGCGCUCGCAUCUGCGGCCCAAGCAGUUUGCGCCGGGGAAGGGUCCCCUGCGCCUGGCUCGGGGUAAAAAGAAAGACGGCCUCGCGGGCAGCCGGGAAAACCUGCAGGGAGUCGACUCGGCCGCCCCCUGCAAGGGACAGGCCCCGCUGCACGGGGGCGACUCCAAGGCCAGCUCGACGGACGCCGUGUCGGCGGCGGGGGGCGGAGGAGCCGGCUUCGUUGGCGGUGCCGGCGAAGACGCCUUGUCCUUGGUUUUGCCAAAUGACCAAAAUCCCAACGGUGACAGCGGCCAGCAGUGCCUUCCUUCGACAGAGAGCGGCCGGCAAGGCUGCGUGAGAGUUUGCGAAAGCGGCCUGGGGCCUGAAUGCAGCGACUCUUCCCGGCUGCGGGACGCUUUCCGCAGGGCGGGUAGCGGAGCGAGCCUCGAGGUCGUGAGCACUUGCGGCGGCGGCAGUAGAAGCGACCACGGUGACAACGCGGAGGGGAGCGUGCAGGUGGCAGGUGAGGUGUGCCUAGAGAGGAGCAGCAGCGAGACCCUGGAGGGUGGCAGCGGGGAGGCGCUUGGUGCGGCGGUGAGCUGCCUCGACACGCUGGACACGAGCAGCAGUGGCUUCAGCAGCAAGGAGGACCUCUCUGCCCAGGAUGGGGUGAAGGAGGACUGCGGUGGUGAUAUGUGGCCGACGAGCGUGGCUUCGGACAAACUCCCCAACGGAGCCCCCGGCAUCGGUGCCAUGCCUCUGGAGCCGUCCGCCAGUGCGGACAGAAGCGACUGUGAAACGGAAACCUCUGAAGACUCUGACGAGACGAAGCCCAUCUAUGAUCUCUACGCCAUUUCGUGUCACUCUGGCAUCAUGGGCGGAGGCCACUACGUGACCUAUGCCCGAAACCCCAACACCAAGUGGUACUGCUACAAUGACAGCAGCUGCAAGGAGGUCCACGAGGACGAGAUCGACACGGACUCGGCCUACCUCCUCUUCUACGAGCGCCGUGGCCUGGACGGGCGCGCCUUCCUGCCCACCCUGCACGGACGCUGCCCCGUCGACACCAGCAGCCUGGACGAGGACUUCGAGUCCGAUUACCGCAAGUACUGCGUCAUCCAGUAGCUCCCGCUGCGACGACCGGGGAGAGGUCCCCCGCCGCCCGCCGCCGCUGGAUUGGGACGCCGCACUUGAGUUCGGGCCUCCGAUGAACGUUGCGCGCGUCUCGAUCCCGGGGUGGGCCCGUUAAUGUCGCGUGCAAGCGUAUGCCGACGGGCGUUUCUGGGCCAGCAUGCACCACGACGACGACGACGACCUUUGGACCUGUGGGGCGCGGCCGCGUGUCCUGUGCGCACAACGUCGUCUCGUGGGCCGCGCCGACGACCGGACGAGCGCCGUCGCGCAGCGUCGCUCCUCGCAAACGUAAUUCCCCCAAGGCUGGCGCUUGUCCCCUCGACACGCGACGUCUGCCCGUGUUCAUUCUUUGAAGUCAACGCGGAACGAACACACGCUGCCGUUGCCGCGCCGUUGGCUUUCCAAAUUCUGCGUCGAAAAAUGGUGCAAGUAAGUGGUGCAUGUUGCUGUUCCAGCCAUCGUCAAGCCCAGUCUCUUGGAGCAUACUGGCUCGUGAAAUUGUAGAGCUCUUUGUUGAAGUCCACGUGUCCAAGUUUGAGACGUGCUUCUCCCCUGGCAUGCACCGUGCGUGUCCACAGUGCAGUCUUCCCGAGCAUCCUUGAAAGAAAUUUCCGUACAGCUACUCGUUCAUCCGGUAUCUUAGGUAGCUUUUGUUGACGUGAAGCAGCUUUGCUUUGCGGGGUUCAUUGUCAUGUGAGCAGUACCAGCUGGAGGUCAACACGGGACCAAACAAGUGAAACAAAGCGACCUCACGUGGCCUCUAUCCCACACCUGCCCAAGCAAGUGCCACCCUCGUCCCCCCCGCCCCCCACCCCCCACAGGAUACCGGCGUGAAUGCGCACGUGUGUUUGUGUCCCAGAUAAAUCACAGCACAAAUAUUAUUGACAUCAAAAGAACCCACGGCCGUGUCAGGAAAGUGCGUCUGCUUGCAGGCCCUUGAAGAGAGAGCUCCGGGUUCAGAACGAAGUGUUGGCAUGGACUCUUAUCGACGCAGUGCAAGACACCAGGCCAAGGACAAAUGUUGGCUGGUGAUCCUUUGCCAACCCCUCCACGCCUGCCCAGUGCCAGGGAAACGGAGGGAGCCUCGGUGCAGUAUGUGUUAGGGACGAGAUAUGCCAUGCCGUGAAGACAGGCGUGCCAUUCACACACACACACACGCGCAUUGCCAUGUAGAGCCCGCAUUGCGUAUGCACUUCUCAGAAAAGUGUCGGUUUGUUGCUUUCAUAAACCUGUUUUUGUGGCUGUUCGCACCCAGUGGGUUCUGACCGGUUACUCUUGAGAGCACUUUUAGCCGUGCCCUCAUCACGCAGACAUGUGACCUGCGGGAUUAGGGCAAAUUCUACCGAUGUGGUCUGGACGGAGGAGGGCCACUUCUGAACUGUUUUCAUCAGUUGAAUUCAGAGUGUCACACGCAUAAGCACACGCACUUGCACUCCCGCACCGGCGUCCGUGUGCGUACGGUUGAAUGGCCGCGCAUUCACCGGAUCAAGCGCAACUCGCUCACGGACCUUGCGCGUACACGUGCUCGUUCGUAAAAACAUGUGCAUGGAUCCACAAGUACAUAUCCACACAGGUGAACAAAACCCUUCCGUAUGGACCAAUUAAGCCUCGCAGACACGGGAGAUAAUCCACACGUGCCAUUAUACGCCGUGAGAACACGACAAGCAAUGUUCUCUGUUCAUCCAGAAACGUCGCGCCGAUUCUCAAGGCGCUUUCUCAUGAAGGUUCUGGAUUGGAAUGUUUGGCAAUUUCCUUUUAAGGAGUUAUGGGAAGGAUCUGGAAUUAUACAGAGAAAAUCCACGCAUCUGUAGGGGAACAACUCUUAAGGUCCACACAGAUGAGCUCAUGAGCCCAGUUCGUUCCCCCCCCCCCCCCCCCCCAUCGACCACCUGGCAGUCCUACGGGUUUUGGAGUUUCACAAAUCCGUGCGAUGCAGAUUUACUCACAGCUCUUGCAAGACGUCUGGUUAGCAUCGAGGAGUCGGCCAAAUUACCCUUCAGAGGGGGGGGGGCACUUUCAGCUCCCUCCAAUAAAGCUUGGAGUGUGAGAAUGAACUUGCAGGGCUUCUCUUUUACCUUUUACACAGGGUGCCAUUAUUUUCUCAUUUAUUCUCUACGUACCUACUUCUUACCACCAGAUCUUACACAUGGACCCUUGUCUCCAAAUAGCUGGUUAACGGGGGGGGGGGGGGAGUGUGCCACUAGACUUGGCCGACCAUGCGAACAACGUUUGUGGAGGUCACGUUUCGGGUUUCCAGUCUUUGGGUUGACACGUGACAGAGAAUUUUGAGCUCCAACAAACCCGGUGGGGGGGGGAAGAGGCAUUGACGUGUUAAUUCCACUGCAAACCUUGGUGUGGUUGAAGCGUCUUGCUUUGGAGCCUUUGCGAGCGUCCCAUCUAAAUAGUUAAAUUUAUUCAUUUUGAAUUGACGUCGAACCACAAUACGAUUCGUUUCCCCUCCACGCGUCAAGUCAGAUUCACUUUUCAGAAUUGUCUACACUGUCGACGUCACGUCACGCCCCGUACAACAACCCUUUGUUGUCAUCGGCGCGUAAUCAAAUGUGAGAAGAAAAAAUGCAUUCCAUCUCGUGCCGCUCCAUCUGUUGACGAUUCUACAAAGGUCGUGCUCUUGAUUAUUCCAAUGUAGGCUGCUGCAGAGAGUAGCCUGAAAUGGGGUAUAUUUAAAGAAAGGUUCAAAAUCAAAGUUCCACAACAAUUCUAGCUGUGACAUUCUUCCGCUGCAAAUCAUCCGCGUUUCUCAAGCCCCCCCUCACGCUUUUAGACGUGGAUCUGUUACAACCUUUAUUUCGGGUCUUAUUUAUUACAACUUUAAAAGUGCUGGGGUUUGUUUUUUUUUCUGCCGUGCUGCUUGGCACUUUGGGGCUAUUCUGUGCAGGACUUCCAUCUGCACCCCACGCCGUACCCACCUGUGCGUUUGUUUUACUUAAUUUGUAAUUAUCAUCAUCGUCGGGCCAUGUUCGAUCCGCUGCUGGAUGAAGGCCACGAGAUGAUUCGGUGAUUUCGAUUGACUCCCGUCAACAAAAAUGGGACUUGCAUGCAAUGCUACAUGCAGAUUCAUCACGCAUCAACAUAUAUCUGCUGUAUACUGCCUAUACAUUAUAUAUAAAACACAAGGAUGUAUAUAGCCUCCUGGUUAAUGCCUCUGAUUAGCACAAUAAGCAGGCUUGGUUUGUUUUUGUCCCCCAUGCAUUAUCCUAUAGAGCAGUGGUUCUUCACCUUUACUCCAGCCUGGUUCUCAGAAAGGGCAUCUCGCACCCCCAGGGGGUGCGUGCACCCCAGGUUAAGAAGAACCGCUGCUAUAGACGGAGCCGAUAAAUUUUUUUAUUAUUAUUAUUAACGUACCCGUGUGUAGAAAUGCAUACAGCGAUUUGAAAUCCCCGGCCUCGACUGACAACAGGCGUAAGAGAAUCGUCACCCAGCCACUGUGUGCAGCCCCCGGCGCGUGACGGCGUGGUUUUUUUUUUUUAAUCGCGCGCGCCCAGACCUGUGUUCUCGCGGAGUUACGUUCAAGCCCCGCACGCAUGGCACCGUGGGGGACGCGCGUGUCGUCUCGCGUCAAUUCGUGGGUCGCGUAAUAAGGGAUCGUUCAACUUUAUCGACGUUUUCCGAAACGGCAAUUAUUGGCGAGCGCGCCGGGACUCGCAAUGCAGAGGUUCACCGGUUCGGGUUGAUCUCCCGGCGCGGCAGUCGAAAGAAUGUGGCGAGAUGAUUAAAUACCCCGCCCCAACCACCGCCACCGCCACUGCCUCUGUCCAGCCGGCAAUGUACAUUGGGUGCACCGCAGUUAGUCAUUCGGUAGGUGCCAUAUGUGGUGGGGUAGAGUGUGGAUGCUCCCACCUCUGCCAGAACGUCUGUCCUACAUAGACAAGUCGGGAGAAUACGCUCGAGCAGGAGUGGUGUGAGAAAGCACCCCCGCCUCCCGAUUUAGCACGGGUGAGCUUACGUAGCGGUGCGAAAGAAGUUCAGCGUACACGCAAAGCAAUUUCGGGGCUGCACCCUUACCUUUGCACAAGGAAAUGUUUUCUGCGAGAGAGAGCGCGAAUUAAUUGUUGAUAUUCAGAGAAACAGUUUUGUUGGAAUAGUUGGGAAUGGCAUCCGUGUAAGACUUCACCCCUCGCAUCCAGUCUGCUUGCCCGCGACAAAUGUUGGUAUUGUUGAACAAGCCCCAACUGGAAGGGCUGUGGAGCUAAACUGGAAGUUUGUAUAUAUUGUUCUGUUUAUUAUGAAUUUAUAAAAGAGCAUAUUUAAGUUGUUUACAUGGCACCACGUGAUGAUGAUAAUAUCUGUGCAUCUAUACCCGCCUGCCCCCUCUGCCCUCUGCCCAGAGCCUCGACUGCUGUUACUCCGUGGGCCGCGUUCAUUAUGUAGGCAGGCGCGUUUAGAAUCGGCGUCAGGUAAAUCCGCUGACUUGCUAUAUGCAUAUUUGGAAGAUUGUUUAAAAUAUAUGUGAUAUUAAUUUAUGCAAACCAAUUAAAGAGUGGAGUGCGGUUUAUUUAAUAAUUAUAUAGUUUUCCUCCAAGUGAACUAAUUCCUUUGUAGUGUCAGUGUUAAAGUGUUUUUUUUUUUUCAGUAUUAAAAAAGAGACCGGACGGACACAGCCACACGUGCACCCACCAGGGGGUGGUGGGGGGAGAGGGGACGACUUGGAGGUCACUCGCAUCGCAGAAUCCUGCAGGGCGGGGCGACCUCACUGUCACGCGACCUCUACUGUCACGCGACCUCACUGUCACGCGACCUCACUGUCACGCGACCUCACUGUCACGCGACCUCACUGUCACGCGACCUCUACUGUCACGCGACCUCUACUGUCACGCGACCUCUACUGUCACGCGACCUCACUGCCACGCGACCUCACUGUCACGCGACCUCACUGUCACGUGACCUCACUGUCACGCGACCUCACUGUCACGCGACCUCACUGUCAUGCGACCUCACUGUCACGCGACCUCACUGUCACGUGACCUUUACUGUCACGCGACCUUUACUGUCACGCGACCUCUACUGUCACGCGACCUUUACUGUCACGCGACCUUUACUGUCACGGGACCUUUACUUGUCACCCACUGCAACGUCCAGUUGGCUCCCGUCGUUUCGAACUCCUUUCCACAAAAUCGGUGGAUACUUGGUUGCAUCGAUCCUAAAGAUAAAUUUGGUUUUAAACAACAAAGAGUUUGUGGUAUGGCUUCCACACUAUAGCAUAGCAAUGUAAGAUUCUACUAACAGAUUUCAACUUCAUAGAUGCGUUGUACUUAGGAGGCUAAGCCCUUUGUAUGAUUUUUGUCAUAAAAUACACAACAAUGUACAACUUUGUUAUGUAUACUGUUACAGAUAAUGCAGAUGUGGUACUACUGAUGUCUGGCGUUGUUGUGUGGUAUCACUAUCCGCUGUGAUGCUGUCAGUUGUGAUCGGGAUUUCGUGGAUUGUUUGGAGGUGGGAAAAGGCGAGACAGCGUCGUCAGGAGGCUCUCGCGUUGAAUGCAUCGUUGCGUUGAAGAGUAAAUUUGUCAAUGUCGUGUUUAGGAAGUUUUUUUUCAUAUUCCCCGGAUUAAAAUAAUAACCUCCAUGGAUCUGCGCCCAGCUACUCAAUAUGAUAAAUGUGCUUAAGAACAAAUCGCAAAGUGAGGACACGGACUGAAAAACCGAAGAGCGAUGUCGGGGGGUGGGGAGGGGAAGGAGAGUUGAUGAUUCGUGAUGUGUGAAAUGUGUGUAGCGGGUUCAACGAGGUGGUGAUGUGUGCUCAAUGGAAUCCGCCGGCUCUUUUAGAAUGAAUUCUGGUCAUAGAGCGACCGAGGUGUAUCUUGCUUUAAUGUACGCCAUUGGUGGGCGGACACGACUGGUGUUCGUUAAUUGUGACAAUGUGCCAUGUGUCGAAAAUGUAUGUUCCGUAAAAUGAGUUUCGGAGAGACUUUUCCCGGAUUGCUGGGCCCAGCGUUGAUUCUCACUCGCCACGUUUCAUUUUGGGUGCUUUUCAGCCUUUGCUUGAUUUGUUGAGAUUCAAUGCCUGAACUUGUUGUCUGGUUUCAAUGGACCCAACGAUGUCAACCGAUUCCCAUAAUUUCCGUGUCAAAUAAUUUGGUGGCCAAUCAAAGACUUUGAAAUGCCUUACUGAUGCAGUUUUUAGUGGCCGGUAGUAAAGGUUUAUUUGAUAACACGCUUCUUCAAGUCGUCCUUCUGCGCGCAUCGUUGAAGGCGUAAGUGCUUUGUAAGAGUUUGUCUGUGCGUGCGAAAUGCACUUUGUUAAUUGCAUUGAUUUUCACGGUCGAAAACUAAGAUGUGACACAAUGCGUUUAAAAAACAAAAAGAAUCCGAUUGAAACCAAUUAACGGCGAGCGAUAUUGACGAGUGCCACAACAUAUCUCUGAAAUGUAUUUCCGCCCAGUGCAGAUAAGGUGAACGGGCACGUGAGUGCGGUUUCUGGCCCAAUUUUGUUUUAUUUGCUUGUUUCGCGUUUGCUUCGUUGGAACGCUAUUUGAAAUGCAGUACAUUAAUAUUCGACUUUCAUAGAGCCAUCUUGAGGUUUUGUUUUUCGUUGUGGCUGCGUACGCCCCUCGCGCAUUGUGUACGUUGAGAGUGCUAUGCAUUCUUCACGAAAGCGCUGUUAUUUUUUGCAUUAUUUUCAUUCUAGUUGUGCAUGGAAAUGAGUAGGACAAUUACAGACGUCUCUAUCCCAGACGUCUGGGAUGAUGACUCUUGAGCACCUAGCUCCUACUGGAUGGUCACACACUUUUGCCAAGUGGUGAAUGUUGUCAAAGUCAGCUCAUAAGCAUGGGCGAUAAGUGUGAUGAUUUGCAUCUUGCUUUUCCUUAGGCGAUCCAAACUUAAUGAGAGUCCCAAAAUUUAAGCCCUUCACUAUCGGAAUGAAAAUUUGAUUCAUCUGCCUUGGACCGAAGUGAAUAUUAAAAGCCCGUGGAAACAUUUAUUUUUUGAGAUGGUGAUUUAGCCCCUUUUGGCGUCCGCAGUCUCUUUAACGUUAAUCGACAUUUGAAUACCGUAUGCCCGACGAAUCGAGCCUGUGCAAUGAUUUCGAUGAUAUAAUUACUGUAGUUGUGAUUUUUAUCCAGGCUUCAUAUUUAGUUUUACAACUUUUAAGAUGCUUAUUGCCGUAUGCGUUUUUCCUAAUGACAACUUUCUUUUGGAAGAUUUAUACAUCACGUCGUGUGAACGGACACUGAGAUUUGAACUGUAAAGUGCACUGAUUAUUUUAUUGUCAAUAAUUGUUUUUGCGUGCAAAUAACAAGCGCGUGCGUGCGUGCGUGCCCGCGUGUGUGUGUGUGUGUGUGCAUGCUCGAGUAGAAGUCACUGAGUGCAGCUUUAAAAAAAAAAUUGUUCCAACUUGACAGCAAAUACAACCGCUCAGGAAUGUGUAAAAGGUUCCACAGAGGGGGCGGGGGUUCGUUUAAUGAAUAUGAAUAAAUAAUAAAAAUGGCACUUUAGCAAAGCUGG